AUGGGCUGGCCAAAACAGCUGAUUGUUACCGCUGCUUGUGCCAUCGCUAGCAAAAAAGAAUAUUUUUGUUUACCAUCCGGAUUCCUACUGAUAAGAGCGAUGUCGAGCCAAGAUAUUAAGCUGGAAGUGUGCGUGGACUCCAUAAGGAGCGCCUUUGCCGCGGAGGAUGGCGGCGCUAGCAGAAUAGAGCUGUGCUCGGCCCUGGGAGAAGGUGGCCUGACCCCCAGCGUUGGCACUCUCAAAGUCCUCAAGGAUUCGCUUUCUCUUCCCAUUUUCUGCAUGCUUCGGCCCCGGAGAGGAACAGACUUUGUCUAUGAUGAUAGGGAGAUAUGCGCCGUGCUCAUGGACAUGGAUCUUCUACGGGCGAAUGGCGCCGAUGGCUUCGUCUUUGGAUCCCUAAACCCGGACCGAUCCAUCAAUGUGGAGCACUGCCGGCAGGUAAUGUUGCGCUCGGAGGGCUUACCGGUCACAUUUCAUCGCGCCUUCGAUCUCACAGACCAGAAAAACAUGCACGAGAACGUCCAGCUGCUGAAAGAGCUAGGUUUCAAGCGAAUACUGAGCAGCGGAUUUCGUCCUUCGGCCGCCGCGGGAGCCGAUUUCCUAGCGCAGAUGAUUGCCAAGCAUCACCGGGACUUAAUUAUCAUGCCCGGCGCUGGGAUUAAGGUACCAAAUCUGGAAGAAAUCCUUACAACUACCCGAUGCCGCGAGUUCCAUGCCUCAGCCAUGGACACAGCCAGCGAGGACUAUGUGGCGCCUACCACCACUCGCAUGGAGUGUGAUGUUACCAUGGGAAAGCAGGACAUUGAUCCAUACUACGGCACCAAUCCGAAUGUGGUGCGGAAAAUGGUGACAAUAGCAAGUGCCAUGAGCUGCUGAUGAUUUUAAAUUUAGAGUUUAAUAAGUUAGCUAAGACAUAUUUCCAUUCCCGACCAUACACCAUUGUGUAAAUUGUAAUUGUUGCGACUGCCCUGUAGCCAAGUAGUCUUACCAAAAAAAUUCUAAAAGUUAGUAUUAAACCCAAAAAAAAGUUUUUGAUCCUUGUUUCACGGAAUCAGCAUGAAUGCAGAAUCUGCAGACACAAUAGAACCCGCUUCGCAAGAGAUAAGUCCAUUUCUUAAGCAGUUGGAAAGUGUGGAGAAUAUGUUGCACAGAAUGGAGAACUACACUCGAAGGCUCAACCAUCAAAUCAACGACCUCAAGUGUGUGACCGAGGCCAAUCGACAGGUUAUCGCCAGGUUGCAGAAUAAUGGGAAUAGUAUGAAGUCCCUAUUAGACGAUGAGCAGGAACAAUUGAAGACCCAAGCCAGCCAACUGUUAGUGGUUAAGUCAUUGAACUCUGGAAUGUCCCUGAACAUGGUAGACCUUGGGAAGGAUUUUAACUCGAUUGGAGUGGAUCUAAAAGAGGUGUGCCACCAUCCGACGGCUAAAGAGAACAAUCAUUUGUGUGAAACUUGUGAGGUGACCAACAUCAGACAGAUCAGUUGGACGCACUGCAAGCCCACGACAGAUGAAGGCAUGAUGGAGAAGGUUGAGAAUCCCAACCACUUGGUGGAGAUGCACAGGGAAACUGUAGCAUUGUUGAAUUCGCUUAAAAGCGAUUUGGACAGAAAAAAUGCGCGCCAGGAGUACAGAAGAAAAAAUAAGACAAUUUCCAACUUAAAUCGCCAACAACAACUCAUACAAAGAGUGCAGUGUAUUGUAAAGACGGUUGAUAAUCUCAACUUAAAAACAACUUCUGUUAUGGAAGUGAAGACCAUUUGCAGGCGAGUAAUGAGUGCGCUUGUGAAGCGGCAGAAGGUUUAUCAGCUAUCCCCCGAAGCGUCCAGAAUUGGAUGGUCAAGCUGUAGCGACAUGAAAAUUAUAAGGUCAAGAUACUCUUUCCACAAAAACCCCUACCUGUAAACUGUGAAGUCUGUUAAUAAAAUAUUGUUUUUGUAAAAAGAA